UUCACACAUCCGUCACUCGUGACAAUCUAUCAAAAAUAAAUUGAAAAUGUAAAACUUAAAAUACGUGAAGAUACACAAUGAAACAAAAAAAUAUAUCAGAACAUCAGUAAACUUAAUCUUAAUACGAAAAAAUUUUAUCAUCACAAAUGGGUCUAAUCACUAGUAAGGAAAUGUUAAAACGAAAAAUUGAUGAAGCUACGAGCAAUUCUAGCUUAUCAAAUUUGCGUUACAUUAUAAAUACGGAUAAAUCCAAAUGGAAAGUCUUCAAGAAACGGGAAGUUGCUCCUAUCCCAGCCUACCCCGCAACAAACUUUAGGCCAAUGAAAGGAUGUCCUUGCGGCAACAAUGGACCUUGUAAACAAAAAAUAACACCACGAGGAGUAACCAUACAUUAUCCUCAAAAGAAGAAAAAAUUUGGAAAAUUUACUACUAGCAGAAACUUUAUCCCACCAAGAGCAAGAGCAGUUGUUAAUAAUAACCCACGACCAAUCCCAAAAGUCAAGGUGAUCCGCCAAAGGAAAUUUCCGACUUGGCGAUUAGACAAGAUAUACAGUAGGUAGCUAAUGUCAAACUUUAUGCAACCAAGUUAGCACUUUUGGGGUAAAUAAUAUGAAGUUCUUUAUUAUAUUUGGUUAAUUUAUUAUUGUGAACCAUAAAAUAAAAUGAAUGUACUACAAUA